AUGAUGUCUUACAAGCUCCUGGCUCUCACGCUUUUCUCCUGUGCAGUUUCUGCAGCAACACCAGCAACGACAGCAACACCCAAGCCUCCAGCCAUUCUCUAUUCUAAGGAACCAUGCGCUGGGAAAACGAUUGAGAUCCCAGCAAAUGGAACCUGCACUCUGCUCCCCAAGGAAUUGCAAAAAAACAUCAACGGAGCCAAACUUCCAGUUGACGUUGUCUGCGACUUCUACACCGACAAAACAUGCCAGGCGAAGGAUGCACUUUACAUUGGAAUGGAGGAUCCCGGCGUUUGCAGCUUCAGCAAGGAGGAGAUCCAGAACAAGACCGUGAGCGUUUACUGUUAUGAUGGCUCGGCCAUUUAUGACGAUGAAUAG